GUGAUGCUGGACUUAUGUGAAGACCGAUCCAGCUGUGCUGUCCUGGCAAGUCCAGAGACUUUCACACAAGAUCCGUGUGUGGGCACUCCCAAGUACUUAGAGGCUUAUUACAAAUGUCGACCCGAUGAGUUUGAGCACAAGACAGUCUGUGAUGGCGAGACGAUGAAGAUAACCUGUGGUCGAGGUAACAGGAUCGCUGUAUAUUCUGCAAUGUUUGGCCGGACACCUAAUGGAACUGACCGCUAUUGUCAAGCUCCCAGAACUCUGUCAGAAGUGAGUAGUCGCUGCCAGGGAAAGAGAGACUGCGCCCUGCCAGCCAGCCAAGGCGUGUUUGGAGACCCAUGUGCCGAAGGGAUCAAUACUUAUCUGACUGUCUCGUAUGCCUGCGGUAUGUUACAACUUACGUUGUCUCCUCCAUCCGUGACCACUACUUUGAAUCCUGCGUCACUGAACAGUACCAAAGGCCUUGGUUCGAGGACAGAAUUAGACUCUGAGCAGUCGGUGCAUUCAAAGAAAAUGAAUGAGGUGCCAGAAUCUGGGUAUGUCACAGAAAGAAACUUAACUGUGUUGUGUGCCAACUAUACAAAGCCGGAUGUUCGGUGGGUGCAGUUCGUUAGACCCAGGGAUACGUUCACUAUUGGAUUUCUCAGGGACUGGUUCAGUGCCAUUCACUAUAUCCAAGUGCAUCAGGAGAAGGCUUGGUUGUAUUUCACACUAGGAAUCUGCUUUGGGAUCAUAGUCAUGCUUCUGUUUGUCCUCAUCAAAGUGUGCAUCAACUUCCGCAGAAACAUCCGGGCCCGCUUGGACGUGUCGGAGCCCACUCAUCGUAGUGCUCACAUAAACAAUCAUAGCUCCAUGGAUGCACCAAUGCUGGAGCAUUCAGAUUCUGUUGAUCGGAUUGAGGUUGUCCGAUUCAGCCCUCGGAAUACACUCCGCAGUCAAAGAAGUAAUUCUCAUCACCGAGAUUUAGUGAACUAUUACGGAUGA